AUGGCAAUCCAACUCUCCUUUCUUCUCCUCUUAGCUCUCCUCCAAUUCCCAACCCACAUUUCCACUUACCCUGUUUCAGAUCCUGAUGCAGUUGCAGAAGAGGUAAACAGGAGCAUAAGGAAUGCGACAGACGCGAUGAGGGAUUCGGGAUUCCGCUCCUGCAAAACAGGCAACCCAAUCGACGAAUGUUGGAGAUGCGACCCAUUGUGGUACAAGAAGCGCAAACACCUCGCUAACUGCGCGAUCGGGUUCGGCAAACAAGCCACCGGCGGGAAAUACGGCGGGUUCUAUGUUGUGACCGACUCGACCGACAACCCGGCUAACCCGAAACCAGGAACCCUACGUUAUGCAACGAUCCAAAAACGACCACUCUGGAUCGCGUUCGCCAGGGACAUGGUGAUCACACUGAAAGCCGAGCUGAUGGUGAGCUCGUUCAAGACGAUCGACGGUAGGGGAAGCUCCGUGCACAUAUCUGGAGGCCCAUGCAUCACGAUUCAAUUCGUGAGCCAUGUCAUCAUCCAUGGGCUUCAUAUCCACGAUUGCAGGAGAGGGAGGAGGAGUCUCCUCGACGGCGCUAGAGGUUCUUCUUCCGACGUCCCACAUGCAUUGGGGGAGGUUUUGGAUGGGGACGGUAUCUCUGUGUUCGGGUCGACGCACGUCUGGAUCGACCACUACUCGUUGUCCAACUGCGCCGACGGGUUAAUCGAUGUGACUUAUGGGUCGACGGCGACCACAGUUUCGAAUAACUACAUGACGCAUCAUGAUGAGGUGAUGCUCUUAGGGCAUAGCGACGGGUUCGUUCGGGAUAAGGGCAUGCAAGUUACAGUCGCGUUUAAUCAUUUUGGCGAAGGGCUGAUCCAGAGGAUGCCGAGGUGUAGACAUGGGUACUUCCACGUGGUGAACAAUGACUAUACACAUUGGCUAAAGUACGCAAUUGGAGGCAGCGCUGCUCCCACGAUCAACAGUCAAGGGAACCGAUUUCUGGCCUCCAACAACAUAUUCACUAAAGAGGUAACGAGGCGUGCCGGUGCACCGGAAAGUGAGUGGAAGAAAUGGAACUGGAGGUCGCAAGGAGAUAUGUUUCUGAACGGCGCCUUCUUCAGAAUUUCGGGCAGUAGAGCAGCUUCGAGCUACGUCAAAGCGACGAGCAUGGCGGCCAAGUCGUCGAGUAUGGUCGCUUCCAUGACUGCCGGUGCUGGUGCGCUGGUCUGCAGGCGAGGUCUAGCCUGCUGA